GUUCCAGUCACAGUGACAGGGCUGUCGUCUACUGAAGCAAGAAGAAGCCUGCGCGUCGAAUAACAAGCCUGUCGCUAGGAGCAAGCAUCUCCGCAGAGCUCUGUGAAAGGGGUGGGUUGUGCGAGGGGAUUCCUCAUUCCAGCGACUUUCUGACGCGCAUCUGACAAGCGUACGAGCCGCCUUCUAACGCGAGCGAAAGCAGGGAGUACAGCAAAGCAAAGCUAGCACAGGCAAGAAGCUGCAGCAAUGGCAGGAAAGGGAGAGGGUCCCGCUGUCGGGAUCGAUCUUGGCACCACAUACAGUUGUGUUGGUGUGUGGCAGCAUGAUCGUGUUGAGAUCAUUGCCAACGACCAGGGAAACAGGACAACACCCUCCUAUGUCGCCUUCACAGAUACUGAGAGGUUGAUUGGUGAUGCCGCCAAGAACCAGGUUGCCAUGAACCCCACCAACACCGUGUUUGAUGCCAAGCGGUUGAUUGGCAGGAAGUUCUCUGAUCCCUCUGUUCAGAGUGACAUCAAGUUGUGGCCUUUUGAGGUUGUUCCUGGGGCCGCUGACAAGCCCAUGAUCAACGUCAUGCACAAGGGGGAGAAGAAGCAGUUUGCUGCAGAAGAGGUGUCCUCCAUGGUGUUGGUGAAGAUGAAGGAGAUUGCCGAGGCCUACCUGGGAAGCACAAUCAAGAACGCCGUUGUUACAGUCCCCGCCUACUUCAAUGAUUCUCAAAGACAGGCCACGAAGGAUGCAGGUGUCAUCGCUGGUCUGAACGUCAUGCGUAUCAUCAACGAGCCGACGGCAGCCGCGAUCGCCUAUGGCUUGGACAAGAAGUCUACCAGCCAAGGAGAGAAGAACGUCAUGAUCUUUGAUUUGGGGGGUGGUACAUUCGAUGUGUCCCUGCUGACAAUCGAGGAGGGUAUCUUUGAGGUCAAGUCCACGUCAGGAGAUACACAUCUGGGAGGAGAGGAUUUCGACAACAGGAUGGUCAACCACUUUGUUCAGGAGUUCAAGAGGAAGUACAAGAAGGAUAUUAGUGGUAACGCCAGGGCUCUGAGGAGGCUGAGGACGUCAUGCGAGCGCGCUAAGCGGACCCUGUCUUCUACAGCUCAGACCACCAUCGAAAUCGACUCACUGUUCGAGGGGAUUGACUUCUACUCAACCAUUACCAGGGCCAGAUUCGAGGAGUUGAACAUGGACAUGUUCAGGAAGUGCAUGGACCCCGUCGAGAAGUGCUUGAGGGACGCCAAGAUGGACAAGGCCCAGGUGCACGAGGUCGUCCUGGUCGGUGGCUCCACCCGUAUCCCCAAGGUCCAGCAGCUGCUCCAGGACUUCUUCAAUGGCAAGGAGCUGUGCAAGAGCAUCAACCCCGACGAGGCUGUUGCCUACGGUGCUGCCGUCCAGGCCGCUAUCCUCAGCGGUGAGGGCAAUGAGAAGGUGCAGGACCUGCUGCUCCUCGACGUCACCCCCUUGUCCCUGGGUCUGGAGACCGCUGGCGGUGUCAUGACCGUCCUGAUCCCCAGGAACACCACCAUCCCCACCAAGAAGGAGCAGGUCUUCUCCACCUACUCUGACAACCAGCCCGGCGUGCUCAUUCAGGUCUAUGAGGGUGAGAGGUCAAGGACAAGGGACAACAACCUCCUGGGCAAGUUCGAGCUUUCUGGCAUCCCCCCCGCUCCCCGUGGUGUGCCCCAGAUCAACGUCUGCUUCGAUAUUGAUGCCAAUGGUAUCCUGAACGUGUCUGCUGAGGACAAGACGACCGGACAGAAGAACAAGAUCACCAUCACCAAUGACAAGGGCAGGCUGAGCAAGGAGGAGAUUGAGAAGAUGGUCCAGGACGCUGAGAAGUACAAGGCAGAGGAUGAGGAGCACAAGAAGAAGGUUGAGCACAAGAAUGCCCUUGAGAACUAUGCCUACAACAUGAGGAACACCAUCAAGGACGACAAGAUUGCCGGCAAGAUCGACGCCGCCGACAAGGAGAAGAUCGAGACGGCUGUCGAUGGUGUCAUCGAGUGGCUCGACCAUAACCAACUGGCGGAGGCUGACGAGUUCGAGGACAAGAUGAAGGAGCUCGAGGGCAUCUGCAACCCCAUCAUCUCCAAGAUGUACCAGGGUGGCGGUGCUGCCCCUGGCGGAGGUGCUGAGUACGAUGAUGGUGCUGAUGCUGGCGCCCAUGCCGGCUCCACUGGUCCUGGCCCCAAGAUCGAGGAGGUCGACUAGAUUCGCUGUUAGACGCAGACUGUAGUGUUUGGGUAGAGUCAUGAGUAUGGACUGAUUGCAAGAACGUAAUAAGCGCGCGCACAGUGACAGCUUUUGCACUGUACGGACAGUUGCCUGGCCCCAUAGUAAUUGUUGCAAUCCACAGUCGCAAGGUGUUGUGACCGUCCACCUCUUCAUGUGAUUGUUGCUUGUCUAGGUCCGGAACUUCGUUGGGAUACGAUUCAUGUGCAUG